AUGUCCUUCUGGUCCAGUUCUUGUUUGAACCCGAAUUCUGGCAAUCAGUUCAAUUUCUUUUCCGUCCUUCAGCCACUUGCAGCAUACUCCCUUCGUGUCUGGAACAACACAUUCGAAAACGGCAGAGUGUCCCUUCUUGGCCUUGGUAUCCUUGAUCUUGGUGAUGAAUUUUGGUGCCAUGACUGGGGUUGGAGUACGUUGUACCUCCUCACGAAGACUUUCGUCCUCUGUGAGAUCAUCUCCAACGAAUUCCUCAGCUUGCGCUUCACUUUCAGAUUCACUGAACAUGUCAGAUGUGUAGGUGAUCAUGUUAGCUGUACACGACACUUCUCCCGCAUCAUUUUCAGCCUUGCAGAUGAUUUCUCCGACGUGGAGAUCUGGAUUGAAGCUGUUGAUUGUCAAGAUGGAUGUCUUAUCAUCAGUGACAAUUGUGUAGAGAUCCGAGUUCAAAAUCUCGUUGUUAUUGAUAUACCAAGUGAGACUUGGUUUUGGAUCUCCAGUGAACACAACUUUGUGGACAACUUUGGUUCCAGUACGAGCACGAACAUUGCUCAGCCAUUCCAAGAAAUCUGGAGGCUCUCCACGUGGCAGAACAAGCAAUGUAGCUUCAGACGUGGCUUUUCCGUACUCGUUGAUAGCCUCACAGACGACUUGUCCGGAAUAAUCACAAGUGAUGUCCUUAAUGACUCUUCCAGUUUCUUUCCAUUGACAUACCAUGAGACAACUGGUUCUGGUUCUCCAAGCAGCACAGCCUUCAACUUCAAAGUAUCUCCUUCUCUGCAAGUAGCAUCACAAAGAGAUGUUUCAAAUUCAACUGGAAUCGGAGCAACCACUUUGAGUGGCCCCUCUAUCGUCGCUUCUCCAGCUUUGUUUGUCUUCAGUGGCACAUACAAGUUGUCCAUUGAUAUACCAUUUAACGAAUGGAGUUGGAUCACCAGUGAUCAAAAGUUUGCAUUCGAGAGUAUCUCCUUCAGUGAGGUUGAUUGGAGCAAUAUCACUUUGGAACGCUGGUUUGGCCAUCGGACGUCCUUUGACAACUCCGAGAGAUGCAGAGCAUUCAGCAACUCCAAAUUCACUCUCUGCCUUGAUUGUAAUUCUUCCCUUGUCGUCCAAUUUAGUAGUGAUGAUGCUGAGUUUGAGAGUUCCAUCUUCCUCUUCGACCAGCUUGUAAUGGUCAUCAGAUUUGAUUUCAACUCCAUCCUUAAGCCAAGUAAUCUUUGGUUUUGGCUUGACAGCAUUCAGUUUAGCAUGCAUAAGAGUGAGUUCUCCUUCAGUAACCAAACGAUCUUCGAGAUUCUUGGCGAAUGUUGGAGCAUCUCCAACCUUCUUGACAGCCAAUUGGACAUCUCUCUUCUUGGAUCCAACCGCAUUCGUGGCUUCACAAGAGAGUUCUCCAGCUUGUUCUGGGGUGACAGCAGCAAUCUCAAUGGUGUGUUCUCCAUCCUUGUCAAAGCCAAGAAACUUCAGUUCCCUGGAAUGGACCAUCCAAUUCAAGAUUCCAUCGUAGUGGUUCUCCCUCAUCAACAGUUUUAUCCAAGCAUUCGAAGCCACAAUCGAGACGACUCCACUUCCGAAAACGGUCGUAUCAAUGGAGCAACGGAACUCGAAUUGAUCGUCAUUCGAGACAGUAACUCCUUGAGAUUUCGUGAUUUCUUUUCCAUCCAAAAACCAUUUGCAUUCGGUCGCGUUUUCAACGACAACCUCGAAAUGAGCCAAAUCCGUUUUGUUGACAGUUUGGGAUUUGAGAUCUCGGAAAGAACAGUUUCUUUCUUUUCAACGAUUUCUGGAGAUUUCUCCGUCUUCACUGGAGAUUUCACAUCUUCAACAUCUGAUUUCUCUGGACUCUUCUCCUUCUUAGUUGGACUCUUUGGCUUUUCAUCAGCCGAUUUCUCAGGAGAUUUCUCCUUCUUCGUUGGUGAAGAUGGCUUUUCUGGACUCUUCUCCUUCUUCGUUGGAGAUUUCACCUCUUCAGUUGCUGACUUUUCUGGAGAUUUAUCCUUUUUGGUGGGACUCUUUGGCUUCUCAUCAGCAACUUUUUCUGGUGAUUUCUCUUUUUUCGUUGGAGACUGUGGCUUCUCUUCAACCUUCUCUGGACUCUUCUCCUUCUUUGUGGGUGACUUUACACUCGAGUCAGCCUCUGUUUCAGGAGACUUGGCCUUCUUUGGAGAUCCGGGAGGAGAUUUCUUCGAGAUAGGAGAUGUUGGUUUUUCUCCAAUUUCGGUUUUCACUGGAGAUUUUGGAGUUUCAACAGCUUCAGUUGUAGUUUUAGUUGGAGAGGAUAUCUUUUCGAUAGUUGUUUCGGAAGAUACUUCAACAACUGCUUCAGGAGAUUUCUCCGUCUUCACUGGAGAUUUCACAUCUUCAACAGCUGAUUUCUCUGGACUCUUCUCCUUCUUAUUUGGACUCUUUGGCUUUUCAUCAGCCGAAUUCUCAGGAGAUUUCUCCUUCUUCGUUGGUGAAGAUGGCUUUUCUGGACUCUUCACCUUCUUCGUUGGAGACCUCACCUCUUCAGUUGCUGACUUUUCUGGAGAUUUAUCCUUUUUGAUCGGGCUAGUUGGUUUCUCAUCGGCAAUCUUUUCUGGAGAUUUCUCUUUUUUUGUUGUAGACUGUGGUUUCUCUUCAACUUUCUCUGAACUCUUCUCCUUCUUUGUGGGUGAUUUCACUUCUUCAAUUGUUCCCUUCUCAGCAAACGACACUCUUCUUUUCGGAGUUCCUUCUCUAACAUCAGUUUGUGAUUCCGUCUUUGAGACCACCUCAAUCUUGCUCACACUGAUAGAUCCUUCAGUGGAACCUCCGAUAACUCCCGUAGUUGUCACGGAUUCCGAUUCCUUCGUCUCGACCGUAACGCCUCCAACUGUGGACGUCACUUCUGUCGUUGACAUUGUUGUUGUUUUAGUUGAAGUCAACGAUGUCUCCAUGGUGAUUGUUGUUGUUGCUUCCGGUGAAGCCUCUUUCUCCUUUAAUUAUUUUGAAUAG